GCCGCGGGCCGGCCCGGCGCACGGCCCCCGCUCGGUGGUUUCCGCCCUGCAUUCUCUGGGCUACUCUCUCCUGGGUUUUUCCUGCGGAGCUGAGGAAGGGGAAGAGAAGUCCAGCCGCCAAGCCCAGCCUUCCCCGGCGCGCAGCCCCGACGGGGCCGCGGCAGGCGCGGCGAGAGCGCUGACGGAGCCAUGAGAGAGUACAAAGUGGUGGUGCUGGGCUCGGGCGGCGUGGGCAAGUCCGCGCUCACGGUGCAGUUCGUGACGGGUUCCUUCAUCGAGAAGUACGACCCGACCAUCGAAGACUUCUACCGCAAGGAGAUUGAGGUGGACUCGUCGCCGUCGGUGCUGGAGAUCCUGGAUACUGCGGGCACCGAGCAGUUCGCGUCCAUGCGGGACCUGUAUAUCAAGAACGGUCAGGGCUUCAUCCUGGUCUACAGCCUCGUCAACCAGCAGAGCUUCCAGGACAUCAAGCCCAUGCGGGACCAGAUCAUCCGCGUGAAGCGGUACGAGCGCGUGCCCAUGAUCCUGGUGGGCAACAAGGUGGACCUGGAGGGCGAGCGCGAGGUCUCGUACGGCGAGGGCAAGGCCCUGGCUGAGGAGUGGAGCUGCCCCUUCAUGGAGACGUCGGCCAAAAACAAAGCCUCGGUAGACGAGCUGUUUGCAGAGAUCGUGCGGCAGAUGAACUACGCGGCGCAGCCCAACGGCGAUGAGGGCUGCUGCUCGGCCUGCGUGAUCCUCUGAGGCGGCCGCCGCGCGCCGGCCGCGCUCUGCGCACAAAAGCCAAACGCAUCCGACUCUCCUAAAUGUGAUUUCUUUAUUGCUUUGAGAUUGGAGACCACUUUGCAUUGGCCAGGGUGUCUUGGGAGCCCGGCUGGCUUCCGCGGCUGGCGUCCCCUGCCUCCACCCUGUGCCCGAGGGGGUGUCCCGUCCUGCCCAUCCGAUACUCUGGUGGAAAUGUGGUUCUUUGCAGCAUGUACGUUUCUCCCUGAUUUUGGUUGAUGCAUAUUUCCCCGUUUAAGUAGCCGUUAGGGCGCAGUAUCGGCAGCUUGACACCCACCAAGCAAAAGUUUCAGCCUGGAAAAAAAAUGGGAGGGGGGAGGGGUGGAGGAAAAGGAGGGGGAGAAGGUGGAAAUGGUUUUUCUUUUCUUUUUUUUUUUUUGGUCAACAACCGUUUUUCUAGUUCCAAGUUUUAAAUACAUGGAAGGAAGUCCGGGAGAACCAUAUGAAGGAGCAGGAGGAGAGGAAGAAACUUUUGUUUUUUUCCUUGUUUUCCAGGAGUAGCUGGAAGUUAAGAUCGGGUUCCUUUUCUGCCAGCUUGGAAGGGCAACCCCAUGACUGAUUGCGAUUCUGAGGAUGUCUAUGCAAAGUUGGAUUCUUGUUACAGUGUAUCCAAUCUGAAGUAUUGCACAUCUGAACUGGGACUGUUAACACUGAUGCCAAUACAGUGUGGGGUGCCAGAAAGUGUCUGCUGAUAUUUGUGGAAAAAAAAUCUAUUUUGUUUACCUACUGUAUCAAAGGGGAGUCUGGGGGAGAACGGUAGUAUUUUUUUUUUUUAUCAGCUGUGAAAAAAAUGUUACAGAUCUGCACAUUUUCGUGUGUACUAUGGUGUGUGUGUGUGGUGUGUGUGUGUGUUUUAAGUUUAGCCUUUUGUUUUUGUUUUUUGGUUGGCAGUAACCGAUUUUAAUGACUAGCUUUUUAAAAUACAGUACAAAGACUUUGUAAAUGUGAUUCAGGGCCCCCAGCACCCCUGUGUCUGCAGAGUGCCUUCAAAACUCAGCUGUUCCAGCCGGUGCCAACCUGUGAACUUCCCACCAUAUCCCAGAAUCUGCUAUUCCCCAAACCACUUCCCAGUUUCCUUUCAAUAAUCUUUCAGAAGGAGCCAGGACAAUAGGGCCUGUUGUUUAGUGAAUUUCUUUAUUUUUUUCAGUCUUUAAAAUGUAAUUUCCAUCUCUUGCAAUGAAUUUGUUUCCUUUUUUUUUUUUUUUUUUUGCUUCAUUUUGCUUAAGUUUUCAGGUAUUUAGCUCCCCUUUUAUAUUAUUUUUAAUUUUUUAAAUUACCUGUUGUAGGGUGUUCCUCCAGAAGCAAAGAGCAAAAUUUUACUGUUGCGAUGUACCAAUUCUAACUAAUUGUAAUUUUUAAUUUCAUGCGUUUAAUCAUUGUCUCUUCAUUUUAAGACUUUUAAUACAAAUGUCAUUUUUAAAGAAACCCAAAAC